GUGAAUUGAGAUUCAAAAGUGAACAUGUGGUCUAUACAGCUUUUGUACAUGUACGUAGCAUGGCUGUUGUUGCGAAUGGCGUACACAAUUCAGAGCCUGUAGUCAAGUUUGUGGGACAAAAGAUAUCCAAAGUGCGAUGGAAACCCCAGCCUUCAGGAGCUAUUGCUAGCUCUGACGUUUUCGCAUCAGGGAGCUGGGAUGAUGAGUCUGAAAACUGGUUGAGUAUAUGGGAGUAUGGGCACAACGAGCAGAACAGUGAGCCCCAGCUGGUCUGUGAGGCUAUGGUGCCGUCUGAUGUGACAGAUAUGAGUUUCCUUGAUGAGCGUAGAUUAGUGGCCAGCUUCUCCAAUGGCUGUGUAGCCCUGUUCAAGUAUCAGACUUUGCGAAAGAGCCUUGAUACAGUCCAUGCAUGGGAACAACUGCAUUAUCUGGCCAGUGGGCAAAUGUCACCCUGCACGGCUGUUGGUGUGUGUGGAGGUGUGAGUCUUGUGACAGGCGGGGAAGACGGAAGGAUGAAUGUCAUAGAGGUGGAGUCUCAGCAGGUCACCAGAAACAUUGAUAAUGCUGACAAUGCAACAGUGACCUCCCUAAAGUGUACACUGUUGUCUGAAGUCCUCUCCACCAGCUCGUCAGGGCAACUCAAACUGUGGGACCUCAAGACAGCUGGCUCUAAGCCUGUCAAGACUAUUGUCUUGUCCGGAGAGUAUUUGUCUAUUCAAAGCAUGGAUCGCCACCCUCACCAGCCUCGCCUGAUUGUUUUGGGGCGUGGAGACGGCUCACUGUGUUUUUGGGAUCUCAGGCAGGAAAGCCAGCCAGUGCAAAUCAUACAAGGACACUCGUCAAAUGUGUGGGAGGUGAAAUUCCACCCGUCUCAACCGAAUCAUCUCUUCUCGUGCUCAGAGGAUGGCUCUCUCUGGCAUUGGGAUGCUACUCAGAAUUCACCUGCAACACAAUUAUCUUCCUCCCAACCUUUCUCUCCUUCAGUCAACAUGUCUCGUACACAGGCAACUGGCUUAUUUCCAACCCAGUCAACCCCCCUCACACGUCACUCACACUCCACUCAUCGCUCGUCCUCCCCUACACUAGAUCAAUCUAUAAGUACUCGCGAGGCAAGCCCUUGGCUUUCUGGAGCCGUUCAUCAAGGCAAAGUGGAUAUCACUAACUAUUUACCCGAGAACAUUCUCUCGGUAAAUUCUCUAGACAUUGAAUCAAAUAAUCUUGUAUGUGGUUCUGAUUGUGAGGGUUUGUUCAUGGUGCCAGAUUUGAUGCUAAGAUAAUCUUAGUGGAUAUUAAUUUUGUUACAUUGCUCAUGUCAUUUGAACACACUUGACAAACAAAAUUUGAAUCAGACAAUUG